UGUGUGUGUGUCUACAGGGCAGUAGUGGUGAUUUCAUCUGCACUGUUUAUCUGGAGGAGAAACGGGAAACAGCUGAACAGCAUGUGAAGAUUCCAGCGACGAUGACGGCAGCAGAGCUGACAUUUGAGGUUCUGGACAGACGGAAAAUCAGCGUGAAGGAGAAAGACUACUGGUGCUGCUUCGAGGUCAACGAGAAGGAGGAGAUAGAGCGGCCGCUGCACUAUCAGGAGAAGGUUCUGCCCAUCUUCCACUCUCUGGGCACUGACAGUCACCUGCUGGUCAAGAAGCACUUCUCCAUGGAGGCCAUGCUGGUCUAUCUGGCCAGUAAAGUGGAGGUGUCGAAGCACGGGAUGAUGAAGUUCAGAGAGGAGCGCAGUCUGCUGGGUUUGGGUUUGAGCACCGGACACUUUAAUGACCGAUACUUCAUCCUGACCAGCACAUCACUGCGCCUCUAUAAGGAAGUGCGGGACUUCACCGGAAAAGAACUGGAACACCACAAUUGA